AUGUUGAAACAGUUUGUGCAGCCAGAAUUUUUGCUCGAAAGUCCGAAUGGUUCAACGCCUUCCACCAACUCAACCGUUACCAACCCUGUAACUAAGAAGUCAGCAGGAUCACUAAGAUUACCAAGUUUUACAUUUGCUAGAGCAGUGUCACAAGAGCGUCGCUAUCCAACAAUGCAGCAAACCGGACCCACCAACGGAGAAGGCACCAAUGUGAAUACACUUUCAAGUCGCAGGUCCAAUUUCUUAAAGGUAUGCUCUUGGCCAUUUUCCAGAAUUGACGGGUCAAAUGGGCUAAAACCAGAUGAUGGGUCGAUCUAUGAGUUGGAAUCUCGCCAUUUCAAUGAUGCGUACAACAAGGUGAAAACUAUUGCUGCAUUUGAUAAGCAUUCAACUGGCAACCAAAAGACCCAAAGCCUGUUUCCUACCUUGCAGCCACAACAGCGUCCACUCACCGGGAAUCCCAGCUUGGAAAAUAGGGGUCAGCAAAGGUUUGGUGAACGCACUGAAAAAUUGGGUAAGGUGUUUAACAGGAGAAAGCAUCACCAACAUAGUUUAGACGACAGUACAAAAAGAUGCGUUGUGUUGUCAAAUUUGGAUGCAUCCAUGGGCAUAAACUCGAUUAUACAACAGGUUUGUGGAGGACCUUUGGAAAAAGUUGUCAAGGUUUCAAGCCAUAGAGUUAAGUUGUACUUUAUUUUUCCUCAACAAGCAAAGCAGUUCUACCAGUAUGGAAGUGCCACUGGGCUACUCAAAGUUAACGGCACGAGGUUGAAUGUUAGCUGGGAGGAGGAAGAUUAUCAAGAAGCUUUGCAGAAGCAAAAGGAAGAUGUCGAGAAUUAUAAUUUGUCAAUUGGUAAUUUCAAGGGUAACAUUAACUCCAAAGGUAUGGCAUUAGACUCCAGCUUCACAUUGACUAGGGCUCUUUACAAUGAAAUCUUGACAAAUGGAUGCAGAAGAUGCUUGAUCGUUUCAAGAAUUAUUGUUGGCAAAAAGAUUAGACCCGGUGACAAAAUGUUCUACCCAGAGCCCGAAAUUCACUACUCCCAAGAUUUGCAGAUUAAAAACAUUAGAGAGGACUUUGAGCAGUUUGGAGAAGUUAUGGAUAUUGGCAGCGUCAUAUCACGAAAGUUGAGCUUCAGUGUAUUUUACUACGACAUCAAAAGUGCAAUCAAGGCCAAGACAGAAUUUGAGACAAAUGGGUCUACCUUACAUCGCAAAUAUAAAGAUUGGGCUAUUUGGUAUGGCAAGGACAUCACUGACCGUGCUUGCUUUGUACUCUAA